AUGGCAUCAUCAGCUACUUCCUCGCCUUCACUAGAGGCAUCAGGGUCUGCAGUUCCUGCACAAAGAGACUUCUCAAAUGAAGAAGAUAAGACACAAGAGGCUUUGACAACUUUUAUAAAUUUGGAAGAUUGUAAAUAUGCCAGUAAGUAUAUUGGUAAUGCCAAAAGUAGUGAUUUUAUGGAGUGUGACUGUUAUGAGGAGUUUGAAGAAGGAAUAAACCAUGCCUGUGACGAAAACUCUGACUGUAUCAAUAGAUUGACUUUAAUCGAAUGUGUAAAUGGGUUAUGCGAUACUUGUGGUGAUAACUGUCAGAACCAGAGAUUCCAAAAAAAGGAAUAUGCAGAUAUCUCAGUAUUUAAGACUAAAAUGAAAGGUUACGGUGUACGUGCCAAUAAAGAUAUAGAGGCAAAUGAUUUUAUUUACGAAUAUAAAGGUGAAGUAAUCGAAGAAGAUGAAUUCAGGGAAAGACUGAUAGAUUACGAUGAAAGAGGUUUCAAACAUUUCUAUUUUAUGAUGUUGCAAAAUGCUGAAUUUAUCGAUGCCACUAUAAAAGGUUCAUUGGCUAGAUUCUGUAACCAUUCUUGUAACCCAAAUGCAUACGUAAACAAAUGGGUCGUUGCAGGCAAAUUGAAAAUGGGGAUUUUUGCCAAAAGAGAUAUCUAUAAAGGUGAAGAAAUUACUUUCGAUUAUAAUGUGGAUAGAUAUGGUGCUACUGCCCAAAAAUGUUAUUGUGAAGAACCAAAUUGUAUAGGCUUUUUGGGUGGUAAGACUCAGACCGAUUCCGCUUCAUUACUUCCUCAAAGUUACGCUGAUGCGUUAGGAGUAAAAGUGUCUGUAGAAAAGAAAUGGAUCAGAGAGAUGAAAGCCAAAGGUUUGAAAAUAGAUAAAAGUAAUGGAACAAACAUCAAUAUAUCCUUUGUAGAAUCAUUGUCAUUAGCUGCUUGUGAAAGCAUGGACGAGGUUACCAAAGUAAUGAGUGUAUUAUUACAGAUCGAUGAUGAAUACAUUGGACAAAAACUACUGAGCAGACUUUUCAUGAUAACAGAUGAGUCUUUGUUGCACCAAGUCAUUAAAUUCCAUGGCUACAGAUGUUUUGCCAAAUUAUUACAAUUCUAUGCAAAUGAUAUUGGCCUAUUGGGUCAAAUUUUGGAAUUUUUAGAUAGGUUACCAAAGACUACAAAAAACGGUAUUACCUCAUCCGGUAUAGACAAAAAAAUAAAUGAUUUGAUAACGAGAGAUAAUACCUUAUAUAAUAAAGGUGAAGAGUUACUGGAAAAAUGGAAUUCAUAUGAAACAUAUAAUAGAAUAUCUAAAAAGGAUAUCAAUGAAAUUUCUAAGAAAGCGACAGAUGUCAGAAGAAUAAGAUUGCCUCCAGGCUGGGAAAUUGUGCAUGAAAAUGGUCAACCAAUGUACUAUAAUGCUCAAUUACAGACAAAGUUACGCCACCCUCCGUCAGGCUCGUCCAAAACGUUUAAUUCCAGGACAUCUUCUAGAGAUAACUUGCAUGGUUUUCACAAGAAAAAUUCUAACUUUAAUAAGAGACAUAGACUUGAUGAUGACGCCUAUGAGAAGAUUAAAAUGAAGAGAAUAGAAAAUGAAAUGAAAGCUUUAGAAAAGGCUAAGGAUGAAGAGAAACGUUUGUUAAAGGAAAAAUUUGAAUUAGAAAACCAGAAAAAAUCUGAGUUAACAAAGAUUAUUGAAUUUGCUAAUAAGCAAAAGGAAUUGGAAAGAGAACAAUCGAUAAAAGAAAAGGAAGAGAGAGCGAAAAGACGUGUAGAAAAGAAACAAGUAUCUCGUUCUAGUCAUAUCGAACAUAAAUGGAAUAAGUUUUUUGCCAGCGUUGUGCCAAAUCUCUUGAAAAAAUAUGAAAAUGAACAUAAUAUCAGUCACGAGCAUACAAAACAUUGUUCAAGAGAAAUUGUAAAAAUAUUAACCAGCAAAGAAUUGAAGAAGGAUCCUUCGAGAGCACCAGAUGAAGAACCUACCAAAGAAAAAAGAGCUAAAAUCAGAGAUUUUACAACAAUCUACAUGGACAAGUUCAUACAAAAAUAUCAAGAUAAAAAAUCUACUAAGCAUGCAUAA